GUCAAAUCGGGAAAUCUCCAUCCAUAUUUGGAUCUGUGCGAAGUAAUUCAACGAGGAAGGAUUAUCCGACGAAUGCUCCCCGUUUCUCCUUGGAAUCUUUGUAUGCACCCAACAGUGCUGAAAUAGAUAGACUAAAGACACUUGGAUUACAUACACCCAACACACGAUCAAAUAGUCUUUGGAGCUAAAGUUCGCUUCAAUAAGUUUGGCACCGAAGUGGGGUUUCUUUCUUUCCCGUAGGAGAGUGGCGUUGUCAGAUCAAUCCUCAUCUCCUUGAAGUUGUUCUGCAAUCAAACAUUGCUGCGCUCGUUAACAAUCUCAAGCAAUUCGAUCUGCCAAGCAGCAUGGAGGGUGUUCUCCAGCAAUGAUCUCAAAGGUAGCAGCGUGAUCAUAGAUUUUAUGCUUACAUCGGAUUCCUCGAUCCAAUAAUUGGAUUUAGUUUGAAGGCACCUGUUUAGAUCUUUCAUGUUCAUAGCUGAGUGAGGAUUCUGCAGACUUUGUUUUUUUUACGUAUUUGUUUACUUGGGGAGGAAGAAAGAAGAAAAAGAAAUGAGUUUCUGAAGAAGAAAACUCCAUGAGAAAAACGAACACUUUCAAUUUGAUACAAAGCUCUAUUUCUUUUGAUAAUAGAGAUAUUAGAAGAAGAAAAAGAAGGAAGAAGGAAGACGGAAGAAGGAAGAAGACGCGUACACAAGAAUUAAUCUUGAUCUUGAUCUCUGCUGUCUUUGGCUCUGCCCUGCUGAGUCACAAGCCUCCAUCUCGUGACGUGUUCGCCUAUCCAUCCGUUUGCGGGACUAAUUUGGAAGCCAUUCUCUCUCGCGCUCUCCUCGGAGUAGUUUUGAGAACACGAUCAGACAAUAGCAAAUAGUAGAAUAAGAUCGAACAAGAUUUUUUAUUUCCAUAAUCUAAAUCAUCCGCGUUCAUCAAGCGCUUCGUUUGCGGUGCCACCUGGCUGCUUCUUCCUGCGGCCGACACAGCGUGAAGGACGUGUUUCCGCCUGUUUCGGAGAUCUUUUGUCGUUUGAGGCUUCGAGCUUUCCUUCUCUCUCAUUUUCUUCGGUUCUCGACCUCCGACAAAGGCUCAAGACGCGGGAGGGGAGCCAAAGGCGCUUCUUUUGCGCAAAAGCUGGCGGCUUGCUGCGGUUUCAGGGGGUGCAGCGAUUGGACGAGGGAGAAAUGGACGGUGUGAUGCUUAUGAAGGGGGCCCCGUCUCCAGGGCUCGCCGUAGGCCGCGAUGUCGGUGCCCGACAACACCACCCGGCGACGAAAGUUAGCACCUUGGGGCCGCGUGCCGCCGCGGGAGCCGGCGGUGGGAGCGCGGCGGAGGCGUCGGGGCCCGCGGCGGCUGCUAGGCAUUCCUACAUGUUCCCAUUGCGGCUGGAUCGGCUGUGGCCCGGCCGGAGAGGGGCGGUGGCGGGGAAGCGGAAGGGGAGCGAGGAGGCUGCAGUCGCGGAAAGGGCAGAAGACUCACAGGUGCUUAAGGAGCUGCCGGCGGAGCAGCGGAGCGACAACUGGGUGUUGAAGAUACUGAGAGUGAGGUCGGUGUGGGCGGAGAGGGAGGCGUCUGCGGCGGGCGGCGGCGAUCGAGAGGCGGCAGCUGUUGAGGACGGCGACCGGUGCGUUGGUUGCGGCAGCGGCGGCCACGAAGAUGGCUCGGAAGGGUGCGUCAUCGACGGCGUGGGGAAGGAGGAGAAGUUGGUGUUCGAUCGUGAGUCCUUCUCGCGGUUGCUCCGAAGGGUGUCUUUGGUGGAGACGGAGCUCUACGCCAAGAUGGCCUACCUCGGUAGCCUGGCAUACAUCGUUUCCAAGAUCAAGCCAAAAAACCUCCUGAAAUGCUAUGGACUACGAUUUGUUGCUUCGUCAUUGGAGAAUAACGGAAUGUCCCUAAAUUCUGAUGAGGCUAAGAAACAAUCCCAAGAUCAAGAACUGAAAGAGGAAAACAGCGAUUCAGAAGAGAUUGACACAACGAAGGGAAAUAGUACCAGUGUAAGUACAUCUGCUGCUUCAAAUCUGCAGUAUCAGACUACUGGUGUUCUGCCCUAUGGUGCUGCUCAGACAAAGGACGGCGAGAAACUGGUGGAAGGUAGCAGCGGUGACAAACAAGACAGAAGUGUGAGUCCAGAAGAGGUGUCUCGCAUGGCCACUACAAAAUUAGUCACUCAAGCAGUAGCCGGUAAGGAGGAAAUGAAACAAGCCAUUGCUGAGGACUUGAAUUCAAGCCAGUCCUUACCAUGUGAAUGGUACAUAUGUGAUGAUGAUAAAAGUGCUACAAGAUAUUUUGUCAUUCAGGGUUCUGAGACACUGGCUUCUUGGCAAACAAAUCUUCUUUUUGAACCUAUUCAAUUUGAGGGACUAGAUGUACCUGUCCACAGGGGUAUAUAUGAGGCUGCUAAGGGAAUGUACCAACAGAUGCUACCAGAAGUCAGAACUCACUUGAAGUCUCAUGGUAAAUCUGCAACUUUUCGCUUCACUGGUCAUUCUCUUGGGGGAAGUCUUGCACUUCUUGUGAAUCUCAUGUUACUGAUACGAGGAGAAGUGCCUGCUACAUCCUUGCUUCCUGUUAUAACAUUUGGUGCGCCAUCCAUAAUGUGUGGUGGUGAUUACUUGCUUCGCAAAUUGGGAUUGCCAAAAUAUCAUGUCCAAGCCAUAACUAUGCAUAGGGACAUUGUUCCUCGAGCCUUCUCCUGCAACUAUCCAGAUCAUGUAGCUAAGAUUCUCAAUGUAGUUAAUGGCAACUUUCGUAAUCAUCCAUGUCUCAAGAACCAGAAACUGUUGUAUGCUCCUAUGGGGAAGCUUUUGAUACUACAACCUGAAGAGAAGUUCUCUCCGCAUCACCACCUUCUUCCCCCGGGCAGUGGCCUCUACAUCUUGGACAAUUCAUCAGUGGAUUCAGAUGAUUCAGAAAGACUACUGCAGGCUGCAAGUUUAGCUUUCCUAAACUCUCCCCACCCUCUUCAGAUACUUAGUGACCCAUCCGCAUAUGGUUCUGAAGGAACAGUAUAUAGGGAUCAUGAUACAAAUUCCUACCUGAGAUCAAUCCGUGGUGUGGUCCGUCAAGAGCUUAAACUCAUUAGAAAAGCCAGGAGGGAGCACCGUCGCAGAAUGUGGUGGCCUCUUGUGGCCACACAGGACGUGCAUCCCACUGUUGUCACCACCAGAUCUGUUGGAUCAACCAACUCCAACCAAAACCAUUUCAGCUUUGUCAGUGUUCUCCAUGGAGGAAGUAGAACACUCGAGCGGUUUGCAAGGCUGGUCGCAUCUCAGCGUGUGCAUAUGUUUGUCGUGCUCUUUUUUCCAGCACGUUUAUUGCUCUUGGGAGCAUUAUCUGUUGUCAGUUAGUUGCUGUAGUUUGAUGCAGUUGCAUUCUUUAUUCAUCAUACAGAUUCUUCCAAAGGAUAUUGGAAUUGAAAGGAAAAAAUUGUCAUUUUUCACAAUAAAUAGAAAUUAAUGCAUUUUUUUUAAUAAAAAAUUUAACUCAUUUUUCACUUAUUAACUUCUGUUUUUGCUAUAACAUAUCUUUGCCUGUUCAAACUUAAUAUCAAAUUUAAGAAUAUACAUCAUGAGCAUAUAGAUUGUAUUUAAGAAUGAACCUCUUUCAUCCCGAAGCCUUUUUAUAAUUUUCAGUUCUCUAAUUUAAGGUACAAUUUGACUCAUUAUAGUAAUUUGUCUCACAUGCAUCGAGUGUCAUAUUUACAUUGUAUAUAUUCUAGUAUCCUCGUUGAAGGAAUUUGCAGACCAAUUUGUGGAAGAAAUAGGAGAUACAGUAUGACGAGAUGUGAUCAACACUCUUAAGCGCUGAGAUCAAUUUACCAUCACAAGUCAUCUGGCUUUUUUCUUUCUGGUAAGCUUAAUCCUGAACUUGCUUUUUGGUCCUUUUUUACUGCUAUGACUGAUAUGUCAUGAUUGGUUCUAUCAGUUGGCCAAUCAGACCAUAUAGCUCUUCUGAAUUAUGAGGUUUAUUUUGUUAUUUUUUGUUUACUUAAUUGGAUCAGUUAAUGCUUGCUUUACUUGCCAUUUACUGGAAAAUUCUAUUAAUACUUGUCGGUUUAGAUAGUAUUGGGACAAAUAUGGCCAUCUCUUCUUUGCUAAAAGUUUUGCUGUCUGCCAACUCAUGAGAUAUAUGCAUUGCAGAUAUUUUUUGGCAAGAAGAGUUGCAUGACAAUAAUUAUCAUUAUACAAAUGCGAGCUCUACAUCCAAAACGUGAUCAAUGUACAUUUCUCUUAUGCUUCGUUAAGGAAUAGUUUCAGGCUUCUCAUUACAAACCAUGACAGUAAAACUCAAAAUUUAGCUUCUUUAAUGAAUAGUUUCAAGUGAUUGAAGAGAAGCCACAUAUUUGCAUUUGUGAUCUGUCAUUUUCACCACAAUAGUAUCGCAUUCUUUUAAACCUAACUUGCCCAAAUAUCUGCAUCUUGCUCUUCGGCAAGCAUCCUUCUGUUUUCCUUCCAACAUAUAUUAUGCCGUGCUAUUUGUUAGAACUUAGAUUUGUGUCGGAAUUCCAAAAAACUAGUAAGAUAUGUCAAAAUCAUGUUUCCGUUCACUUCCUGUCCGGGCCUUCAAUAUCCUGUCACCCAAAAGGGUAGGGCGUAUUGGCGGCAUGCUUCGAGAGGCAGGCUGAAAACUUCUUGUCACUUGGAUAAAAUUUUCCCAGGACUGGAUGUUCCCUUUUUAGUUCUAUAACUUGACUGAUUCCAAUGGUUCUAAAGCAUCACUUUAUUUUUCUCCAGCAUUUCUGCAGAUUAUAUUGGAGACUAAAGGCUCAAUUAUUUUUCUUUCUUGUGCCAUGGAAAUAUACACAUCCAAGUGCUGACAGGUAGUCAUCAGCUCAACCUUUGUCUUGUUCAAACAAACCUUUCUGUGAAGGAGAACAGCAACAAAACUGAGGUCCCAGCUUUUGCCUGGUUGAUGUUUUGAAGCUUAUCUCUUCAGUCAGGUAAGUAUGCGUGGGACUAUGACGGCUACUCAAGUAAGGAUUACACGUCGGACGCUGAUCGUUCCACUCGCAACAUGUUGAAAUGUUAGCAGAUAAUAAUGCAGAGUAUUGUAUGUAUUGACAGGUUGCAGUCAUCUCAUGACAAUCUACAGUCAAUUGGCCUUUUCUGGAUCUGUAUUGGACAAAGUCAUGCAAGUGUUAGAGAGGCCUACUUCUUCACGUUUUCUGCCCGGUUUUUCUUCGGAAUUAUCUAGUGAAGAAUCCAUUGAUGUGUCCAACUUGACAAGGUUACAAAUUUCUCAUUCCUUGCUCGAGUUUCCUGAGGAAAUCGUGUCUUCAGCAUGGCCAAGGUUACAAAUAAUCUUUGCUGUUCCAUGAACUUUGAUGCUGAACACAUUAACUUUGCAGCUUAUAUCAUGUUCUUAAGAUAUUAUCAUGCCCUGUGACUAACAAAAAAAGAAAGGUACUGUUUUACCUACAGAUUGAUGCAAUCAAUUAGCAUAUCAAAAGAUUGUGUUUGUUCA